CUGUUAAUCGUGGCUUUUAUAGGAGCGUCAUCGAAUCAAAAUGAUGUCAGUGACUGUCUAAAGCAGUGUAUACGGCCUCUGGCCAAAAUCGAGCGGAGCUUUCACUACCUUUUCAACCACUAUGAAAAGGUCUGCGAUAGGCUAGAAAAUGGAGCGUUUUGCGCUCGAAAAUGCCCCCAGGAAGACCAACAGAAAUUCCAUCAAUUCACAACAUUCUACAGAGUACACUGUGUUGACUACGAAGAAGGUACUAAUUUAGUGUGCAAGGACAGAUGUCAUAACAGCUACGAAAUACAGCAAACGGAUUCACAAGAAAAACAACAAGAAACUUCAUGCCUGGCUCUGGAGUGCUCUACAAUCUGCUACUUCCAAGAAUUCAUAGCUGAAUGUCCAGAAGCAGAAGACGCCCUAUUGAAACUGAAUAUCGGUCAGAUCCACUCAAUUGCGCUCACCUUCCACCCAGCUUCGUAUGAAAAAAUGGUUCCAGUAUGCAGAAAUGUUCACAACACUGACUAUAUGGAAAAGAAAUUGCUCGGCAAAGAAUAG